AAUAUACAGUUAUUUCAGGUGUGGUCUGUGAAGUCUCCCCAGGUUUGCAUGCUAGAAUAUCAGGUAGACCAGAGCUGCAGGUUUUUUGAAUGCCUCUGUGACGCAAUCGAUAAACUCCAGGAAAGGGUUGUCACACAACUUCCAUCAAAGGCAUAACGCCCUAUUCCUUCACACAUUUUGAAAUUACUAUCAACCAGGAUGUGGUUGAGGAUUAUCAACAGAAAAUGUGGGAAUCUCAUGCUGGUGAAUGAUGUUUACACAAAGCUUAAAUGGUUAACAGUAUCCAGACACACAAAGGAAGCCUGAAACAGAAAGCAUACGGCCUCGUAAAAACAAUGUUUUGCAGGAGUUAUGCAUUCCUUCUGAUGCACUUUCCUUCAAGUUAAGACAGUCCCUAGCCUGCUCUUCUGGUAAGAUGGAUAUUCAAGCACAGGCAAGUAAGUGCGUGUCUUCCACCGUGAAAACAUGCAGUUCAUUCCUCAAUGACAGCAGCGGUAUUUUACCAAGUGCAUCUCUGGCUCACCCGCAUAAGACAGAUGUAGUGAUGUGGCGAAUCAAACAAAUAGCAAUCCAUGAAAACACAACAAGCUCGACCAUCAACCAUGAUUUAUCGAACUUUGUGGUACUAAAUGUACUAGUAAGUUGCUAAUUUAGAACUUACGAGUACUAAAUGAGCCCCUGACUAGAUCUUCAGUCAACGGUACUUGGGAGAGACGUGCGCGCGCAUGUUUUAAUGAGCGAGUGAGUGAGUUAGUGAGUGAAUGAAUGAGUGAACGAGUGAGUGAAAGACUGUGCAUGUGGGCGUCAGCUGAAGAACGCUGCCAUCACCACUAGUGUAUGCACUCGUACAGCAUCAUAUCAACAACAGCUCUACCUGCGCAUCAGCUGACUGGAACGGUGCCUUCAUCGAGAGCUCAUCACGAUGACUGAAUUGUAAAUCAGCCAUGAAGAGCACACAUCAAUAAAGCCUGCAGGCGACGACACGGCGACGCGCGUCAUCCGCCAUGGAGCCGUGGAACACGACCGCGGGGCCCUCCCCCGCCCGGUCCAACUGCACCCUGGACACCAGCUACCGCUUCACCUUCUACCAGGUCUCCUACGGCGCCAUCUUCCUCGUGGGCCUGGCCACCAACGGCCUCGCGCUCCACCGGCUCUGGCGCUCCCCGCGCGCCCUCAACAGCACCGCGGUCUACAUGGCCAGCCUCUCCGUGGCCGACGCGUGCUUCGUGGCCUCCCUGCCGCUGAGGAUCUACUUCUACCACCGGCGGGGACGGGCCUUCUCCGCCGCGCCGGCCGGCCGCGCCGCGUGGCCCCCCGGCGGCGCCUUCUGCCAGCUCACCUUCGCCGUCAAGUACGUCAGCCUCUACGGCGGCGUCUUCUUCCUGGCGUGCAUCGCCCUGGACCGCUACCUGGCCGUGGUGCACCCGGCGCGGUCGGCCCUCCGCCGGCUGCGCUUCGCCCGGUGGCUGAGCGCCGCCGUCUGGUGCGUGGUGCUGGGGCUCAGCGCGGGCCUGCCCCUGCUGCGCUACGCCGGCCUGGUGUCCCCCCGCCGCCACCACCCCUGCCUGCUGGACCCCACCUCCCGCCGGCAGCGGCCCCUGAUCCUGAUGGCGCUGGGCCUGGUGCUGGGGGCCUUCCUGCUGCCCGCCGCGCUGCUGCUCUUCAGCUACUGCCGCGUGCUGAGCGUGCUGGGACGGCGGCGCUGCCACCGCCGCCGCCGCCGGCGCCGGCGCCGCGCGCUCACCGUCAUCUACUGGGUGCUGGCCGUGUUCCUGCUGUGCUUCGCGCCCUACCACGCCAACCUGCUGGUCUACACCCUGAGCCACGUGGGGCUGCUGCCCGCGUGCAGCCUGGCCCGGGCCAGCAUGGCGCUGCACCCCGUGGUGCUGUCGCUGGCCAGCGCCAACUGCUGCCUCAACCCGCUCGUCUACUACUUCUCCAGCGGCCCGGUGCACCGGGAGCCGGCAGCGGGGUCAGCCGCUGAGGCGCUGGCACGGUGCCCAGAGGCCCCGCGGUAGAGCGGCACGCUCAGGGGGGGGGGACUGGGCAUCAUGAUACGCGAGGGGGCCACGGCGGGCCCCUCAUCACUGCAAGAGGUGUACACAAUGUUGUCGAAUGUGCUUAGCCUAGCGCGUGUCCAGUUUUGUCGAUUAAACCAAAGGCCAUUUUGUGAAACGUAUUAAUCAUUUAAUGCCACAUAUUUUCUGAAUGGUUUAAACCGGAGUGUUGGAUAACACGAUUCAAACACCAGCCGCUUUGCAGGCUCGCAGGCCAACAGAGCGUGGAGGGCGCUUCCCGCGAGCGGAUGCACACGUCAAAGCAGACGCUGCUGUGUCGACCCACUCACCUUCCUCCAGGCCAGGGUCUCCAUGAUGAGGUGCUCGCAGAUCUCCAGGUGCUUCACGAUGUCUUUGCUCAGGCUGGGCUCCGCCUUGAUGAAACUCUCGAUCACCUUGUAGAAGUCGAAGGCGGCCAGCUCGAACACGUCCAGGAUCCAGGGGAAGCUAAGGUCCGACUCCGCGGGCUCCCCGUUGCCGCAGGUCGCGUGGGUGUACCCUCCUGUCUUCACACCGGGGCCUGUACCGCACCGGGACCCGUUUAUUAUUACAGGGACAUCAUGUUGCUCGACAGCGGUGCGCUGUGUUUGUUGGACAGCGGGCCUACGAUGCGUUCUUAUUCACGCACGUCAAACACGGCAGAUGACCAGAGGAGGACUCACCUCCGUAAGUUGCCAUGACUACUUGCAACGCACAGGCCAAGAGUGAGGUGUGGAAGGUGGAGUCAUUGAGGAGUUUACUGGAACGGAAAUGGACAUGAUUUAUUAUGACGGUGCCCUGUAAACACUGUUAACGCAGAGUAACAACACAUGCAUUAGCAGUGGAAAAUGAAAGAAUACGUUCACAUUUGCACAAGAUGUUGGUCAUCCUCUUGACUGGAGCUCUGACGUACCUGAAGUUCUGCACAGAAAGCCUCUUUUCCUCCUGGAAAAAUGUAACACGUGAUUAGGAGGGAGAAUCCGUAGGAGGGCAUGGUUGAUGAUGAUUGGAUUAGACGGAAGCAUCGUAUGCAUCAUAUAUAAUCCUGUUAAACAGCAGUUGAUUCUAGAAACGCAACACUAAUAAUGAUUCUGACACUAGCUAAUUGGCUAAAAUGUUGCCAUUUCAAGACAAACAAUAUGUGGCUAUCCCUUAAGAGGCAUCCUAUAAACUAAAAAAGAUGAUCGAUACCAGCUGAACUGUUUGUGUCCCCGGACCCUCAAAUUUAUAUUGGGUUUUAUAUCCAUUUUUGCUAUUGAAUAAAAGAUUAAUUAUUAAAUCAUCA